CGUUUUUCGAUUUGUUUUGAUUGUUUUUUUUUUUUUUUGUUUUUGGUUUGUUUAAUAUCAAAAAACUGAGAAAAAACAUCAACAAGUUCCUACUUCUUCUUCUUUCCCCAAUCAAUUGAGUUAGUUUAGUCAUGUCAGGUAAAGGUAAAGUUCACGGAGGUAAAGGAAAGUCAUCCGAGCCAAGUAAAUCCACUACAUCCCAUUCAGCAAGAGCUGGAUUACAAUUCCCAGUUGGUAGAAUUAAGAGAUAUUUGAAAAAAACUGCUCAAAAUAAAAUUAGAGUUGGAUCCAAGUCAACCAUUUACUUGACUGCUGUUUUGGAAUAUUUGACUGCAGAAGUAUUAGAAUUAGCUGGUAACGCCGCCAAAGAUUUGAAAGUUAAAAGAAUCACUCCAAGACACUUACAAUUGGCAAUUAGAGGAGAUGAAGAAUUAGAUAACUUGAUUAAGGCUACCAUUGCUUAUGGUGGUGUUUUGCCUCAUAUUAAUAAAGCUUUAUUAUUAAAAGUUGAAAAAAAGAAGCAAAAAUAAUCCUUGUUUUUUUGAGUGGUUUUCUAAUUCUAUAAUUGUAUUAUACUGAAGUUUGUUU